CACAUAGCUUCUUCGGCACAGAGCGACCAGCUACAGCAAGUCCGGCAGCAACUGUGACAUGGCGAUCAAGCUCGUUAUUCUCCUGUGCCUUCUGGUGACCGCGGCCCAGUGUGGCGUCGUCCCAGCUGCUGUUGCCACCGACUAUGACCCUCAUCCUCAGUACACCUUUGCGUACGACAUUCGAGACGGACUGACGGGCGAUACCAAGAGCCAACACGAGAGUCGCAGCGGAGACGUCGUCCAGGGCAGCUACAGCCUGGUGGAGCCUGAUGGCCAUGUGCGCACUGUGCUGUAUGCUGCCGACCCCGUCAACGGGUUCAACGCCGUCGUGCAGCGCAGCCCCCUCGUGCAUGCCAAGGCCGUUAAGGCUUUCUGAUCUUCCACUAUUUAUGUUGCUUACUGUAUUUAAUUAAUGCUUAUUUAUCUGCUCGCUCGUCAUUAUUCAUGUUAAACAAUGUAAGACAUGACUUUUGUCUCCUGGUUUUAAUGGUUUCUGUGGCCAGUUUGACACAUUGAAUCCUGGUAACGUAAAAUAACGUUUUGUUUAAUUAUAUCAAUAUUGGCGAAAAAUGGGAAUGCCAGAUCAACCAGUUGUCUUACCGUCUUACAAAAUGAACGUUAUUUACUAUUGUUCCUCAAGUCUCAGUGGCCAAAUUGCACUGAGUACACACGCUUUUGGGUAUGUGACGGCAUAUUUUGUUUUUUGUAUCAUCCACCAUUGACUGCAUUCUGUCCUCCUGAAUUACAUCUGCUCGAAAUAAUUUUCGGGAGAGAUUUUGAGACAGUUGUAUAUACAAAUUUAUUGUAAAAUUGGUGAAGUUUUAAGACUGCAAAAUAUUAUUUAUUUGAUCAUUACAUAAAUUAUUUGAAACAUCAACUGCUACUAGUUGCAUAUUUAAGUUGAUGUGAUCUUUUAGUCAAACAAGAGGUCCUGUCACACACAGACUCUGCCUUCGUCUCCAGUUUGAGUUAUUAUUUCUGGGAUGGCUUUGUUACUUUAUCGGACCUUCGAAAGCACGUUGAAAAGGUUUAAGUUUCGACCGAAUAGGAAACAUAAGACUGUGGCUCGUGUCUGUGGUUGUGUGGUUUGCUUUACGUGAUCUGUGUUCUAAAUAAAACACGCAAUAACGAUCA